GCUCAAAAUUGCAAGCAUGAGUAGCUGAGAAAACCAAAAUAUUUUCAAACUGCAUGAAAAGCGGUUGAGAUCAUCAAGAAAAUCAAGAGAUCACCUUCGACGAGUCUUAUAUUCAAUCGUCGCAAAGAGUCAGGGGAACAGAUCAUAAUACAAAACGGCAGCUUGAUCGUGCAAACUUUGAAAUCAAUAGAAUGGCGUUUAAUAGUAGGAGGUAAGGUAAAUUGAUGAAAAGUGUACAACGCGUUUGGAAUAUUCGCGCUGAAUUGUUGGCCUAAAAACUUUGACUUUCUGCAACCAAACAACAGCAGUUUUUUUAUCGCGUUUCUUUGCAUGUUUAGUUUACCUCCGUAACAAAAACCAGACGAUUAUUGUUCAUCUUCUUACUGCUUCUCCAUCAUCAGGUUCUAGGAAUCAUCGUAAAACGAGAGGACUUAGUAGAGAAAACAAGAAAAAAUGUAUACCUCAACGAAAACGUAUCCGGGCAUCCAGCCCAUCUAUUCGCAGAAUUUUCUGCUUAGAGCUGCUCUGUCCGCAAUAGCAGGCAUCGCCUUAGGCAUCACGAUUUCGCUCAUUGUCAACUGCACUCUCUUGGAGAUUUCUCUCAAUGCCUUCUUCGCGACAUAUUUCGGCAUUCUCUUCUGCGCAGUAGGCUGCAUCAUUCUCUGGAGACUGAGGCAGCAGGAAGUGUCAAACACGGCCCAUCCUAGUUCCAGCGACGAAGCGGAUAUGAGAAGAAAAAGACACUUGACCUACUUUAGCUACUUGGUCAUAGUAAGCGGUAUCCUGUGCUUCAUGCUGGAAAGGGAUUGGUACUUCCGAAUGUCACCGUUCACGAAGGUGCCAUUGUACUCGAUAUUGGGAAUCUCAGUGUCGUUUGCGCUGACGUUCUCCGUCAUUGACCUCGUCAACUACACAUUAUGAAUGGAUAUGGAUGAUGAAAUAAUUAUAAUAAAAGCAUGUUGUAGACUGCAACUGCUAGUACUAGUUGUAGGGUUACUAGAAGUUAGCACUUCACGAAAGGUGAAUGUGCGUUCCUAUGUAACCCCAUGUCUUCACUCAUAAUGAUCCUGAUUCGAAUCGUCCCCAAGCAAAGCCUCCUCUUUCAUACUCCGUCGGCCUCGUCCAAGGCAACACGAUGGCGCGACCAAUCGUCGAAAGUCCGAACCAGAUCCACGUAGUGCUGAUUCUAGCCUUCGUUAUGGGUGCAACUUUCGGUUGCAUCUUCGGCAUGAUGCAGGUAGCAAGCGCAGAUACGUACAAAAUCCGACUUUCGCUUUUGCGAGUGGAGCACUAUUGUUACCAAUUGGGAGGUCUACUUGGCGCAGUAGGAGGCGUGGCGAACGAGUACUUGAGGCACAUCGAAGUGGUGUACUCACCUGUGUCCCUGGAGUUUGAUGAUGACAUAUGAUCGAAAAAAUCUCCGCUGGCAUAUUUGAGAGGAACUCCUGCCCCCUUCACCGGUGUCGGGCACAAAAUUAACCCUGGGGACAACCGGUACUACUUAUCUAUUCAGAGCUCGACUUAUUGUCGUUUUGGUUUUGUCAUGUUUUUUGUUUUUGAAUAUUGCGAAUACAACGAACAGAAGUUAUAUUUGAGACAAUGUCGAUCAUCUCUAUGAGGUAGAGGAUCAAGAUAAAGAUCAUCAAUUCUCAUGAUAGCCAUCUUAAAAACAGGCAUCCCCGGAAAUGAUCUGAAUGUCGGCAGCCGCUACAUCCUAGAUGCGUUCGGCGAGAGUUUAUGCUGCCGCAUUAUUCGAAAAAACCCUGGAGUUCAGAAAAAAACGUUAACGCUUAGUAGAGCACAUCUUCAUCGUUCCGAGUCCAACAGUGAUGGUCAUCGAGAUCAUUGACAAUAAUGACUCAUGACAAUGCUGCACACUACAAACUCAAUAAUCCACAUGCCCCGCCUAGAUUAUCGUGCUAUUGCAAAGUUUGUUGUAGGCUUACGCGCAAGUCAGACAACCCCUAUUUUAUCAAGUAAUUAUAAGCGGAAACAACUACAC